CUUUCUUCUUGACUUGACCUGAUCACGAUCUCCACAUUUUUCUCCUCGGAAACAGAACUCAUCGGCACGCCAUCAGCCAGUCUCGUCUUAUCUCGCCAUCACGCUGGACGAACUCGUGUGUAGCUCCACAGCCUCGCCGCAAUGACGGCUGCUGGCUCGAGUCUUCCUGACGCCCUUCACCAGGUGUCGGACGCUGCAGCAUGGGCGCUAGGCCUCUCAGGCAACGAAGACCCAAAAGGAGGUGACGGCGGUGCCCAGGCUCCUCAAGACGGCGACGACGACGACCACGACAGUGACGAUGACAAGCCAAAGAUUGACGAAGCCAAAGACGAAGAUGGCAAUCCCGCUGGGACGUCAGGCAAGACAUGGUUUGGUUCGCUGCUACCUGGCCUGGGAAACCAUGCCAACGACCCCGCCAAUGCCGCCAACGAUGCAUACUACCACGACAGCGUAGGCAACGACUCUCGCGGCGAAGAGGAGAAGGGCAAGCCAAUCAAUGGAGGACAGAAGAGCAAUGUCGCUGCUGCAGGUCGCAAGGACGAUGCUCUAGCACGAGCUCUCCACCAUCGCCCUCAGCCUCAAGGCCAUCGCGACGAUGAAGACGACGAAGAGCAUCGGAAGGUGGAUCCAAAGUCUGUCGACUGCCAGGAGAAUCAAGACGUUACACUCUCAUCUGCAAACCCAGUCGAUGAGGCUGUCCAGUCUGAGCGCAACGAUGCAGAGUAUCGAGGCAAGCACCCAGAGGCAUACCCCGAGCAGCCACAACAUGAGGAGCAUCCAGCGCAUCGCGGUCCGAUGUGGGCUAGCAGGCCAGAUGACGCUCAGCGACAGAAGAUCAAAGAGAUGAAACAGAAGCGCAAACAGGCGCACAAGGAGGAGCGCAGGCGGGCUCGCAAGGAGGAAGACGGUAGUCAGGUCGACGAGGGAGAGGGCAAUGAUGAUUCACACGACACAACGGCCACACGCCCCCAAGCAGACCGCACUACCACAGCUGGCUCAUCACGAUUUCGAGACAUCUUCUUCAGCAAAGCUCCGCGUACUGCAGCGUCCAACGACGACGACGAAGAGCAUGCUCGUCGCGGCCUGCGAGGAGCGUUUGGAGCAGGCGCGAGCGAGCAGGAAGAAGAUCAAGCACAAGGCGAGGAAGAGGGCGGCAAUCAGAACGAUAAGGCGAACGAUAGCAAAGCCGGCGACGGCGUUGCCCCUCAGUCCUCAUCGGGCGGCGACGACAAGAUGAAGAAGAUCUCUGGCGUCAUGCUUGGCCGGGAUGGCGAAGGCAAGGAGCUCAACGGCUCUGCAAGCCUUUCGAAAGAUGAUAAGUGGGCUAUUCUGAAACAGAGAGUGCAAGCUACAGGCGCCGUCGCUAAACGCCGGGCCGAGAAGUCAAGGCAGGACCAACGCAGACGAGUCACUGGUGGUCUCGACAUGACGGCCGAGCUGCAGUCGGGUGUGCUGCCCGUCAUCCUACUCAAGAUGGCUCUGGAGAGAGACGAGGGCGGUCAUCGCCGUGUACCCGUCCUGCUCAACCAUCUGCGACUCAAGGUCACCGACUCGGUCAAUCCUCUGCACAACUCGCAGGCCAUUUUCCGCAUCGAGCUCAGCUACGCGGAUGACGUCCUCAAGUGGGUCAUCUACCGCUCUUUGGGCGACUUUCUCACAUUGCACACCCACUACCGUGCCGCUGCUCUCCGAGGCUACGUCGGCAAGGCCGUUGGAGGUGACAGCGGGACGGCAGAUGGCGAUGUCGGCUUGCCGCGCUUCCCCAAGACCUCACUUCCGUACCUCCGCCAGCUCCAAUCACAGGGAAGGAUGCGUGGCGAGGAAGGUCGCCGUAUGUUUGCCAAGUUCCAGCGCGAUGCCCUCGAGGACUACAUCAUCGAGCUAGUCAAGCGGGUCAUGUUCCGUCCUGAGGCCAAUCGUCUCUGCAAAUUCUUUGAGUUAAGCGCACUCGGCAUCUCCCUAGCUACUCGAGGUGGGUUCUCUGGAAAGCAGGGCUUCCUACGCGUCCUCUCAAAGGGAGGCAGGAAGAAGGAACAGAGCAGUCUUCUUUCGCCGAUGCACUGGAUCCACGCGCAAGAGCCCAAGUGGUUCAUCGUACGAGAAAGCUAUAUUGCCAUCUGUCCCGGGCCGGAGACGCACGAGAUCCACGACGUCUUCCUCAUCGAUGGCGAAUUCCGCAUCGAGCGCCCCAAGCGUAUAUACAAGCAGGCGGCAUCGCUUGCCGUUGGGGGACGCGGCGAUGAUAGUGAGAAGGGCAAGUCGAGCGAGGAUACCAAGACGGGCAGCGACGAUGACGGCAAGAAGGGCGAACAAGGCGUGGACAGCAACAAGACGGCUCUCCUCACGGAAGGGCAAUGGAGCGAGCAAAGCGUCUCGCAGCGCAACGGCGCCAACACGGACGUCUCGUCUCACACUUUCUACAUAAUGAAUGCAGAGCGCAAGCUCAAGCUCAGCGCCAAGUCGUACCGCAUUCUCGAACAAUUCGUCGCCUCCAUCGAGCGCGUGGCCCUCCACAGCCCCUUUUCGAGGUCAAACCGCUUUGGCUCGUUCGCACCGAUCCGACUCAACGUCAAUGCUCAGUGGCUCAUCGAUGGACGAGACUAUUACUGGGAGGUUUCACGAGCGCUGCUCCUGGCGAAGGACCGUAUUAUGAUCCACGACUGGUGGCUCAGUCCGGAGCUCUAUUUGCGUCGACCUGGUCAACCCAAGUGGCGCUUGGACAACAUUCUCCAGAAGAAGGCGAGGGAGGGAGUCAAGGUCUUUGUCAUUCUCUACAACGAGGUGUCCAACAACUUCACGCCGACUGACUCUGGCUAUAGCAAAUCGAGGCUCACAGCUCUCCACCCGAACAUCUACGUGCAACGCUCACCUAGUCACUUCCAAACGGGGACAUUCUACUGGGCUCAUCACGAGAAGAUGUGUGCCAUCGACGAGACAAUCGCUUUCAUGGGUGGCUUCGACUUGUGCUUUGGGCGAUACGACACGCCCGCACACGUCCUCGUCGAUGACGUUGACGCGGAUUACAAUGAUGAUGCGGGUGUCAAGUCAGAGCAUCUGCUAGGCCCCGCUACCGAGGACGGCCGUGAAGCACACAUUUGGCCUGGACAAGACUACGCCAAUGAGCGUGUCGCCGAAUGGAGUGACCUCACCAAGCCGGCCCAAGAUCUCUUUGACCGCACCCGCUUCCCUCGCAUGCCCUGGCACGACACAGGUCUCCAGCUCAUUGGCCAACCAGCACGUGACCUAUGUCGCCACUUCACGCAACGCUGGAACUUCCUGCUGCGCAACAAGAAUCACAAGCGUAAAUUCCCCUUCCUGGUCCCUGCUCCGGACUUCACUCCACAGGAGCUCGACAAGUUUCAACUUACGGGGACAUGCGAGGUGCAGAUCUGCCGUAGCGCUGGGCCCUGGAGCUUGGGAACGAACAAGACGGUCGAGCAUUCCAUUCAAAACGCGUACCUCAAGUGCAUCCAGAUGAGCGAGCACUUUGUCUACAUUGAAAAUCAGUUCUUUGUGACAAGCACGCAAGUCGAGGGGACGAUGAUUGAGAACAACAUUGGUAACGCUUUGGUGUCGAGAAUCAUUCGCGCUCAUCGCGAGGGGACGAAGUGGCGAGCGGUCGUCGUCAUCCCCUUAAUCCCGGGCUUCCCGAUGCCCAUCUCGGAGCCAGAUGCUUCAUCGGUGCGCAUCAUCUGCGACUGUCAAUUCCGCUCCAUCUGUCGAGGUGAACACUCCAUCUACGGCAAGCUGAGGCGAGAGGGCAUCGACGCCGAUGACUACAUCUCCUUCUUCUCGCUGCGCAAUUGGGGCAAGCUCAAGGGAGGCCAACUCACAACAGAGCAAGUCUACAUCCACGGCAAGUGCGCCGUCUUCGACGACCGCAUCGCCAUCAUUGGCUCAGCCAACAUCAACGAGCGCUCUCAGCGAGGUGACCGCGACUCAGAGCUGGCCUGCAUUAUCCGCGACACAGACAUGCUCGACUCGACGAUGGCUGGCAAGCCAUACAAGGUCGGCCGCUUUGCGCACACGAUGCGUAUCAGGCUGAUGCGAGAGCAUUUGGGUGUCGACGUGGACGCUAUCGAGCAGCGCGAGGCGGCCAAUGAUGCGCAAGAGGUGCGAAAGCAAGACAGGACAGAUGAGGACGACAUGUGGGACCCGGACAGAGAGCAGCAAAGGGGCAGCGAUGAUAGGACGGCCAAAAUUACCAAGGUGUCUGGCCGACAUCGUGCUCAAAACCUCAGCACGCAGGCUGGCAUGACCAUCACCGAUGCUGCCAAGGGUGCAAAGGCAGAGGCGAUGGACUACAUGUCAGGAAAGGGGACUGGGGAGGGUCAGAAUGAGAUGAAGCAGACGGGCAACGACGUCCAUGCUAAUGACGCGGAGCGCUCACGCAAGAUUGACGACUUGCUACGAGAUGCCGACAAAGGUGAGGGCCUGGCCCAGCGACCUGAGCUCUCUGCAGGCGCUGGCGUCAAGACAGACGAUGAUGAUGGCGAGACCGUGGGUCACGCCAGUGAGCAAAAGAAGCACGAAGAGCUCGAAGCACGCGAAGAACGCGAGGAUGACCAUCAGCUUUCGACGACGGUCGAGGAGCGGCACCUGGCUGAGGCGCACACGAAUCGCCAUGAGCGAGCCAAGAGUGAGAAUCCAGAAGAUCCGCCUACUAAACAUCGCCCACCUGCGGACCGUCGUCACCGUAUGGACGAGUCGGCGAGCGCCCCUAUCCUCAACCGCGACGACGCCAGGCGUCGCAUCGAAGCUCACAUGUCUGCGAACCCAUGGGCGCCGCCCCUCGGUGUCCCGACAAUCGACGAGGACCGCUUCGAGGACCCUGUAUCCGACUCAUUCUACAAGGACAUGUGGCUGGCUGCCGCGAUCCACAACACGCAGAUCUAUCGCAAAGUCUUCCGCUGCGUGCCGGACGAUACGGUCACGACUUGGAGCGAGUAUAAGGCUUUCCAAGCUUGGGGUGACCGUCUGGCCAAGAGCGGGCAUUUCUCGAAGAAGGAAGACCAACAGGCUAGGCAGGACAUCCCGCCCGAGGCUAGAGCUCAGAUGGGCGGUGGGACCGCUAGCGGUGGGGGGAGCGCUAGUGCCCAUGAAGAGGGCAGCGAGAAGGGCGACAAGAGCGGCAGCCACAAGAAGACGACCAGCAAGGACCACAGCCAUAACCCGGCCGCCUCUGCGCCUUCACCUGGAGAGCCAGCAAAUGACGGCGGCUUCUCUGAACGUGAACUUCAGCAGAUGGAGGCCCUCCUUGACGAGACGGUGGGUAACCUCGUCAUCUUCCCCACGCGCUUUCUUGAGACGGAGGAUCGUCUGCGCAACUUCCUUUUCCCGCUCGAUGUUAUUCAGCCUCUUACCGUUUUUGCGUAGCUUAGCGAUCGAUCAGUACCCAU